AUGUUUCUGCCGAACGCCUGGAGACGCUUCAUUUUCCUCGUUUUGUUACCGGGGGUCCUGGCUCAGAUGUGUCGGGAUCAGCUGGCAUACAAUAAUCAACACAUUCUCCUUGUACUGAAAGAAAUGGGACGACCACUGACAUGGCAGUGCUCACUUGAAAAACAAUCGCUGGGCGCUGAGAGCGUGAAUGUGUCCAAACUCGUGGAUAGGGGCGAGGAAUGGAUAAGUGUUGUCUCUGAAAUGUUGCGUCAGAUGAGCAAGAUCUACAACCUGAGCCUGGAUUCCGUCACGUGGCCCCAGCAAAAGGUGGAAACGUUCAGAGUUCUCCUUGAUGGGCAGCUCAGAGAGCUGGGACUGUGCGCCAGGAAGCGCGGCUCACGGUCUCGUCCAAGGAGAAGGGCCGCAAUUAAAAAAUACUUCAGUGAACUCACCAAAUUUCUUAAACGAAAGGGAUUCAGUGCCUGCGCCUGGGAAAUAACCCGCACAGAGACGCGGGCGUAUUUUCAGCAGUUUCCUCGCAUAAUGGCAGAAGCGGCGAAGCCUCCUUCACGAGAACGAAAGGGUAGCGUCGAAGCUUGUCUGGCGCAGGUUUAA